UGUGAUCCGUCGGAUGUACACCCGUUACUACUUUUCAGAGUACUGACUGCUCUACCUAACGUUCAACUCUCGACGUUCUUCUAGCUUCGUUGGCUUAACUCGAUUGUCCAACGCAGUUAGAGAAGAUUCAGAAGAACAGAGCGAAGGCGAUGAUGUCGGACGGCAUCGAGGAUGAAGAGAAAUGGCUCGCCGAAGGGAUCGCCGGCAUUCAACACAACGCCUUUUACAUGCACCGCGCUCUGGACGCGAACAAUCUCCGAGAAGCCCUCAAGUACUCGGCUCAGAUGCUGUCGGAGCUCCGAACCUCGAAGCUUUCGCCUCACAAAUACUACGAACUCUAUAUGCGAGCGUUCGAUGAACUGAGGAAGCUGGAGAUGUUCUUCAAAGACGAAAGCAGGCACGGGGUUUCGAUCGUUGAUCUUUAUGAACUUGUUCAGCAUGCUGGCAACAUUCUGCCUAGACUGUAUCUCCUAUGUACGGUAGGAUCUGUGUACAUUAAAUCUAAGGAGGCUCCUGCUAAGGAUGUCCUUAAAGAUCUUGUGGAAAUGUGUCUUGGUGUUCAACAUCCAAUACGUGGGCUGUUUUUAAGAAGUUAUCUUGCUCAAGUCAGUAGAGAUAAGUUACCUGAUAUUGGUUCAGAAUAUGAGGGUGAUGCUGACACUGUCAUGGAUGCUGUAGAAUUUGUGCUUCAGAAUUUCACUGAGAUGAAUAAACUUUGGGUACGACUGCAACUUCAGGGACCUGGUCGGUUAAGAGAGAAGCUGGAAAAGGAAAGGAGUGAGCUCCGUGAUCUGGUGGGGAAAAACCUCCACGUUCUCAGUCAGAUAGAGGGUGUGGACCUUGAAAUGUACAAAGAUACUGUUCUUCCCAGAGUCUUAGAGCAGAUUGUCAACUGCAAAGAUGAGCUUGGUCAAUAUUAUCUGAUGGAUUGCAUAAUUCAGGUUUUUCCUGAUGAGUACCACUUGCAGACCCUUGAGACAUUAUUGAGUGCAUGCCCCCAGCUUCAGCCAUCAGUUGACAUCAAGACAGUGUUAUCUCAAUUAAUGGACAGAUUAUCAAAUUAUGCUGCUUCAAGUACAGAUGUAUUACCCGAAUUUCUCCAAGUGGAAGCUUUUGGAAAAUUGAGCAGUGCUAUCGGGAGGGUGAUAGAAGCACAGGUUGACAUGCCUAUUGUUGGAGCCAUAAGUUUAUAUGUCUCUCUUCUUACAUUUACUCUCCGUGUUCAUCCUGAUCGGCUUGACUAUGUGGAUCAAGUACUGGGAGCAUGUGUUAAGAAGCUUUCUGGAAAACCAAAGCUCGAAGACAAUAGAGCAAAAAAACAAGUUGUCGCGCUACUGAGCGCUCCAUUGGAGAAAUACAAUGAUAUUGUCAUGGCCCUGAUGCUUUCUAACUAUCCCCGUGUGAUGGAGCACCUUGAUAAUGAAACAAAUAAAGUCAUGGCCAUUGUUAUUAUUCAAAGCAUCAUGAAAAAUAACACCUGCAUCUCUAAUGCUGAUCAGGUUGAGGUGUUGUUCGAAUUAAUUAAAGGGCUCAUGAAAGACUUGGAUGGAACUGCUGUGGAUGAGGUGCAUAUAACUAUUUUUUGGCUUGAUGAGGAGGAUUUUAAGGAAGAACAAAACUCGGUUGCUCGUCUCCUUCACAUGCUUUAUAAUGAUGACCCAGAGGAAAUGUUAAAGAUCAUAGGUAUCAUGAAGAAGAAUAUAAUGGAUGGAGGAUCAAAACGCCUGCCUUUUACUGUUCCUCCUCUUAUAAUUUCUGCACUCAGGUUGAUUAGGCGAUUGCAAGGUCAGGAUGGGGAUGUAGCUGGAGAAGAAGUGCCUGCAACGCCAAAAAGGAUUUUUCAGAUCUUAAAUCAGACUAUUGAAGCUCUUUCAACUGUUCCAACUCCUGAACUGGCAUUAAGGUUAUACCUGCAAUGUGCUGAGGCUGCUAAUGACUGUGAUCUUGAGCCUGUUGCUUAUGAAUUUUUCACUCAGGCAUUUGUCUUAUAUGAAGAAGAAAUUACGGACUCCAAGGCUCAGGUGACUGCAAUACAUCUAAUAAUUGGGACUCUUCAGAGAAUGAAUGUAUUUGGUGUUGAAAAUAGAGAUACUUUAACCCACAAGGCCACGGGGUAUUCAGCAAAGCUUCUAAAGAAACCUGAUCAGUGCAGAGCAGUUUAUGCAUGUUCACAUCUUUUUUGGGUUGAUGAUCAGGAUGGCAUUAAGGACGGAGAAAGGGUCCUGCUUUGCUUAAAGCGUGCCUUGAGGAUUGCAAGUGCUGCCCAACAGAUGGCCAAUGUUACACGGGGUAGCAGCGGGCCAGUUACACUCUUUGUUGAAAUACUGAACAAGUACCUCUAUUUUUUUGAGAAGGGAAACCCCCAAAUCACAAGCGCCGCAAUCCAAGGUCUGAUAGAAUUAAUCACAAGCGAGAUGCAAAGCGACUCCGGAGCCCCGAAUACUGUUCCGGAUGCUUUCUUUGCGAGCACACUGCGGUACAUUCAGUUCCAGAAACAGAAAGGUGGUAUAAUGAGUGAAAAAUAUGAUUCUGUCAAGGUUUGAGUUGCUUGUAUGUGUUUAAGUUAUGCUACUGAAAUGUCUGGGCAAGCAGCUAGUUGUGUGAAAAGUGAUGGGGUUUAGAGGAAGGAGAUGAUGGGGAGCGGUGAGCAGUAAAGAACAAUUGGGUGAAAAAUUCUUCGCACCCUUGACGGGGAACGAACUCAUUUAUAGGUUUAUUUUUAUUUUUUUUGACCAUUCGCUUGUUAUUUUUUUUGUCAAAUAUUAUUAUUUUUUUUUUUGUCAAAUAUUAAUUUCAACCCAUUGGCUGCUAUUGAAAUAUAAAAAUUAUCUUAAAGCUUCUUGUGAUAAGUAUUUUGUAUCAAAUUGAUUAUUUCGCCCAA